AUGCGAAGAACAGUCGACCAGGGCCCUGUCGACAUUGUCUUAGCACCAUCAGAGUGCCCCUUGACUGAUCUCGAGUAUGCCGACGAUGUUGUUAUAUUCGCGGAAAGCAGUAAGAAACUUCCACAUGUUGUCAACCUUGUAUCGAAGCUGGCUGCAACCUAUGGACUACAUCUACGCCCUGAUAAAUGCAUGCAGAUGGAUGGAUCUCUUCGAGAUCUCGAACGGGAAUCAGGGGUAUGCCACAAUAAAGAUCUUUACGCAGAAAUUGAUGUGGCAUACCGGCCGAUGACACGUGGAAAACAUCAACAUCUUGCACCGCCAUCGAAAGUGGCUAAAGUAAAUCGUCUUCGCUUCUUUGGUCAUAUAUUAAGGAGACCGGCAGAUCGCCUUGUUCAACGAGUUCUGAGGAGUUUGUCGGAUUCGAGCUGGAAGAAGCCACCUGGUUCUGGACUGACAUGGAUAUGGAAUAGCGACGAAUGGAUUGGUUCUGUGCAAGCUUUCGCAGAAGAUCGAGAAGGUUGGGCAGAGCUGUAUUGA